CUUCAUUCUCAUUUUGCAACGAUCCAACGCACACUCGGUGCACAUUUGCAGAGCUGGGUUAGAAGACGGCCAUUUAUCGCUACCGAGGCCUGUGUUUUUCCGCCUAGUUUUAGUUGUUUUUUUCAUGUUUUUUGAGAAACUGGGGAUGAUGGUGUACGUGAAGGGAACAAUGCUUGGAACAUGUGGACUUCGCAGGCGGGGUCUCCUCCUGUGUUCAAUCUGGCUGCUACUGGUUUGCGUGUCGUGCCUUGGUUGCGGUGCACAUGGACUUGGCAGUUCAGAUGUGCCAGUUUUAAGAGUGGGAGAGGAGAAAAAAGGAGAGAGCCUUUCGUUUUAUGAUGGGAGCAGCCGUGAAUAUGAAGUUCGGGGCUUGCAAGAUCGCAAGUGGUACGAAAUCAAGAUAUCUUACCCUGCCUCUAUUCCUGCAAGCUUUGAAAUAUCGCUGGUUCACAAGAGCUCACCGGACAUGCCCAGAUCAGGGCGGAGACUGCUCAAUACUGAGAAGAUGAUGUUCUAUGUUACCAAGGAUUUUCCUCAGCAGGCAGCAACAGCCGAGUAUUGGAAAAGAGUGAUAGUGGUUGUACAUCCCGCUGCCGUCUUAUCCAAGCAGCAUACAUCUAAUCAACCGUUCAUCCUCUACAACAUAAUGUGCGAGGAAGUCAUCAUGGGUAUACCGAAGCAGGCGUGGUGGGUUGGAUUCUUAGCUGUUCUCGUUGUUUGUUUUGCUUAUUCCGUCUCUACAAUGUUGCCAGCGACUCUAAUUCCUAUCAAGUCAAGAUUCAAGGCUCCAAAGGAAGCCCAGUAGUUAUUUGAGAGUGGUAGACGUACAAUGUAUUUGUAUUGCCAUUCAGAGUUUCUUCUUCUGUUAUGACUUCCAAUCUGAAAACAUUCCAUAGGUAGAAUUGAACUCUUCAUAUUCUUGACAUGAUUCUCAUUAUGAGAUUGGGAGAUAAUAAUAAUAAUAAUAAUUAGUAGUAGUAUUGUGUGUGUGUAUGUUAGUUUCAGAGUUGUUCAAACAGGCUAUCUUUGCAGAUGGUCUGCUUGCAAUCCACCAUGCAUUCCGUCCAUCUCUGUUUUAAGUUAUGCCGCUGAAAUAUGUGCCCAUGGCCAGCAAGUUAGUGGGGUCGCCUGGUUUGCAACAAUGUGGCAGCCAGUGUGCCUGUUUGAGACCA